AUGGCAGCUCCCCCUUCAGCGUACAAGGAUAGACAGUUCCUCGCCGUUAUCGGUGACGAGGACUCAGUGACCGGCCUACUCCUCGCGGGCGUCGGUCACGUCACGGAACCCCCAGACUCGCAACGCAACUUCCUAGUAGUGGAUCAGAAAACCGAGAACUCGACGAUCGAAGCGGCGUUUGAGCGCUUCACGCAGGAGAGGAAGGACAUAGCGAUAGUGCUCAUAAAUCAGCACAUCGCGGAUAAGAUCCGGCACCGCGUCGACACGUACACGGCGGCGUUUCCGGCGCUCUUGGAGAUUCCAUCGAAAGACCACCCAUACGACCCAGAGAAGGAUAGCGUGUUGAAGAGGGUGCGCCGGCUCUUCGGCGAGUAG